AUGGCAGAAGCAAUGACCUUCGCCAAGAAGCACCAGCUGAAGGUGCACCUGCUGACGCACAGCAGCAGCCAGGGCCAGCGGCCCUUCAAGUGCCCGCUGGGCGGCUGCGGCUGGACCUUCACCACGUCCUACAAGCUCAAGCGGCACCUGCAGUCGCACGACAAGCUGCGGCCCUUCGGCUGCCCGGCGCCCGGCUGCGGCAAGAGCUUCACCACCGUGUACAACCUCAAGGCGCACAUGAAGGGCCACGAGCAGGAGAACUCCUUCAAGUGCGAGGUGUGCGAGGACAGCUUCCCCACGCAGGCCAAGCUGAGCGCCCACCAGCGCAGCCACUUCGAGCCCGAGCGGCCCUACCAGUGCGCCUUCUCGGGCUGCAAGAAGACCUUCAUCACCGUCAGCGCGCUCUUCUCCCACAACCGCGCGCACUUCCGCGAGCAGGAGCUCUUCUCCUGCUCCUUCCCGGGCUGCAGCAAGCAGUACGACAAGGCCUGCCGCCUCAAGAUCCACCUGCGCAGCCACACGGGCGAGCGGCCCUUCCUGUGCGACUUCGACGGCUGCGGCUGGAACUUCACCAGCAUGUCCAAGCUGCUGCGCCACAAGCGCAAGCACGACGACGACCGCCGCUUCCUGUGCCCCGUGCAGGGCUGCGGCAAGUCCUUCACCCGCGCCGAGCACCUCAAGGGCCACAGCAUCACCCACCUGGGCACCAAGCCCUUCGUGUGCCCCGUCGAGGGCUGCUCCGCCCGCUUCUCCGCGCGCAGCAGCCUCUACAUCCACUCCAAGAAGCACCUGCAGGACGUGGACACCUGGAAGAGCCGCUGCCCCGUCUCCACCUGCAACAAGCUCUUCACCUCCAAGCACAGCAUGAAGACCCACAGCCAGAGGCACAACCUGGGCCAGGACCUGCUGGCGCAGCUGGAGGCCGCCACCGCCCUCACGCCCAGCAGCGAGCUGGCCAGCCAGGGCCACAGCGACCUCAGCGACGCCGAGCUGGUGUCCCUCUUCUCGGAGGUGCCCGGCGGGGGCGGCGGGGGCGGCCAGCACGGCUCCUCCGCCGCCGCGGUGCUGGACACGGCCCUGGUCAGCUCGGGCAUCUUGACUAUCGACGUGGCUUCCGUGAGCUCCACUCUGGCCGGCAGCCUCCCCGCCAGCGGAGGGAGCAGCGGCAGCGGCGGCGGCAGCGCCUCCUUGGGGCCGCCCGUGGACCCUCGCGCCCUGCUGGCCACCACCGACCUGCCUCAGAGCCUGGAUACCUCUCUCUUCUUCGGGACGACGGCCACCGGCUUCCAGCACAGCCCCCUGGACAUGGACGACGUGUCCGGCCCGGGCGCGGGGCCCCUGGGGUCGCUGGGCUCCCUGGCCAUGAAGACCUGCGGCCAGGAGCCCCAGGCCCUGACGCCCAGCAGCAAGCUGACCGUGGACACCGACGCGCUGACGCCGUCCAGCACCCUCUGCGAGAGCAGCGUCUCCGAGCUGCUGACGCCCACCAAGGCCGACUGGGCCGUGCACCCCGACUCGGACUUCUUCGCGCAGGAGGAGGAGGACGACACCCAGUUCGGCUUCUCCCACCCCGCGGGCAGCCACGGCUGUCCCUGUCCGAAGGAGACGGAUCUCAUCACCGUGACUGGCGGCUCCUUCUUGGUAUGAGCCCGCGCCCUUCAUUCCUCGCCACGUGGCCGACGUUCGCGAUGUUAAGGAUGUUCUGGGCUAACGGUGUGACUGCGGCCCUUUCUCUGGGGCCUGAGAAAGAACGUGGCCCCGGGCGACGCCUUUGCAGGUGUCAGUUCUGACCUUGAAUCUGGAACUGUCGAGUUGAGUGACCCUGAGCAAGUCACUCAACCUAUCUGAGCCUUAAUGUCCUUAUUUAUAAAAUGAGGUGGUUUGAAUAGAUUGCUUCUGAGGUCCUUUGAGCUCUGUGAUUCCUUGAUAAUAUACUUCUUUUCAUAAAAAAAUGACAUUUUCAGUAACGGUGUGGCAUGUACUUUUUAAAAAAACAUGCAUAAAAUACACAAUUAUAUGAGCAUCUAUGUUUUUGGUGUCCAACUUCAGCAGUUAAUUCAUGAACAAUUUUGUUUAAUCUCUUCUUUAACCCUCUUGCAGUAUUAUUUCGGAGUAAAUAUCAGACAUCACAUCAUUUUAUGGUUGAUUUCAACCGUUAAUACUCAAUAUAUAGUUCUAUACGUUAUGGGUUCUUUUAGGAAAAAACUACAAUUCCAUUAUCAUACUUAAAGUUAACAAUAACUUCUUAAUAGUAAUAAAUGUUCAGUCCGGGUUUCAAUAUCCAGUUUUUUCAUAAAUGCUAGGUUGUUUUAAUAUUUUGAAUAAUUAGAAUACUAUUAAGUCUCUUAAGUGUCGUCUUUAUUCUUUUUUAAAUUAAAAUAUUAACUUUUUAUUUUUCAAUUAUAUUUGUCAUACAACAUAUUUCACUGUACAACAUAGUUACCUGCCAUUUAUAUAAUUACAAAGUGAUCACCCCCAGAAGUGUCUUGUUAAUCUAUAUAUUUCCCCCUUGCCUACUUUUCUUGCAGUUUUAUUCCUUGAAAAAUUGAGGUGGUUUUACAUGUAGCAUUUGCCACAGUCUUAAGUUUUGUUGAUGACAUCCCCCUGGUGUUAAGUUCCUCUUCCCUCUGUUUCCUUAACUUUAUAGUUGGAGCUAGGGAGUUGGUCAGACUGGAAAUAUGACUUUUUGUGCAGGCAUGUUUUAUAGGCUGUGUUGUGCUCAUUUAUCAGUAGCACAUAAUGUCUGGUGUUAAUUUCGAGAUAUCCACAGCUGCUGCUGUUCAUUGCAUUAAUUCAUGAUUGUGCUUCUGAAUAUCAUGAAUUGUUCUUGUAGAGUUACUAUUAGCGGAGGAAGAUAUGCUGUUUAAGGCAUUUGUAAGAGAUUAAUAGAAAUAUUAUUCAAUGCCAAAAUAUUUUCUUAAGUAAUGUUAGAACUAGCGAGAAGAAAAGAUAACAAAAAUAUGUUGGCUGCCCUCACCGUUUAUCUUUCUGACCUCUUUUGAAAUGGGAGGCUUCCUUGUAGAAAUGGCCAGCCAGGUCUUUGACAUGAAAUGGACCCAGGGUCAAAUUUGUGAUGGAUAAGUGGCCUUGAAUAAAUUAGUGUCACAAAGCCUCAGUUUUCUAGCUGUCAAAUGGUCAUAGCAAUGCGCACACAUAGUUAACACACCUUAGACUUUUCCAGUUAUAUUAAUAUGUAAAGAAAAAUAUUUGUGUUGGUGUAUUUUGAUGAACUUAUAUAAUCUUUUUUACCCUCUUAUUCCUUCCUGCUAUAAGGGAAAAAUUGGAGUAAUUUAGUCCUAUUUAUGUUCAGACAAUAAGGUUUUUAAGAGUUAAGGUGAAGCAGGAUAGGGAAUCUAUGUAUUUCCUCCAAUGAACAAUCUCCUCCCCAGGAGUUUCUGUGGGGAAAUGCUAGGAGACAUUCCUCAGUUACUUCCACAUCCCUCUCCAUUAGAUCAAUUUGACACCAUCUUCGCUCUGUUUCCAAAGUCAGACUUCACCGUGACUGUGGAUCCUGCUGUUGCAUGAGUCACUGAAAAUGGAACACAGGGUUCCUCCUGUCUGGUCUGGAGAGCUCAUUGUUUGCACUUGCCCAGAGUUGGAAGGAAAGAUUGAAUUUGAAUAUUGUGUAAAUUGUCACCUUAUGUGAGUAUAGCAUUUUGAAUUUUUUUCUUAUUUUUUUCUUUAUUGAUUAAGAUAUUACAUAUGUGUCCUUAUCGCCCCAUUGCCCCCCCCCCACUCAUGCCCUCACCCCCCUGGUGUCUGUGUCCAUUAGGCAUUUUGAAUUUUGUGGAACAUCUUUACAACAGGUAAAGAUGAAAAAGUCAUAGUUGUUAUUCAGAAUGACCCUGUGUAGUAGGUUUGGCAAAAAGUCUGUGCUUUGGCUCAUGUGACAGUUUAGCCAACUCACAUUCAAAGUGGACUUUAGCCAGUGACUUACAGCUUUAAAAAAAAUAAAAAAUUCUUUUCACCUCCCCUUUCCCACCAUCCAACUUUCAUGAUUCGUUCCUGUGUUAUAAUUAGCUGCUGUUUUCCACUUUAAUUGGUUUAUUACUUUCUGGUUUCUUCACACUCCACUCCUUUGCAUGCACAUUCCGGUUCUUGCCAUGCUUUUCUUUUUUCUUCUUAAGCAGUUAGAUCUCUUCCUGCCACUAUCCCUCAGACAUUUGCCUCACGGCCCAUUUUCUGCCAAUGAUAACAUUUGCUGAGUAUACACUGCAGUUCUGUGUGUACAGUAAGAAGUUAUUUUCUGAGCUUAGAUAAUAAUUCAUGUGUAUGUGAUGUGACGCAGAUAAUAGGAGAUUAUUUUCUAUACUGUUCAGAUGAGAAGUAAAUUUCGGUUUCAUUAUUUCCAUUUUUUAAACGUUUUUGCAAAGGGGUUCUGCUAAUUAAUACUUGCUCUAGUUUAUUAGUCCAAUAGUGUUUGCAUGUGAAUGUCUAUGGGUGACAGUUAUUGUAGCACUUUGGCAGUGCACUAAAUAUUUCCACUUUGAAAUGUUUCUGUAGUGUGUGUGUUGGGUAUACACACAUAUACUUUUACAGUGGUUGUAUUCAUUUAUUGAAGAACAAACAUUAGUCAUACUUUUUGCUCAGAAUUUCAUUGUGUCUACUUACUCAAUUAUUUUCUCUUUGCUUUAGAAAUAUUUAUAUUCAUAAAGUGCAUUUCAAAAAAUAUUGUCAAUCAUUAAAACCUCUUAAAUAGACCACUAUUUUUCAUGUCUUACAGAUAUGUGUGUUAUGUAUUAAAAUGAACACACAAGUAGCAAACAUUAAAUAAAUUAUUUAAACAUGAAAAGAA